AUGGGAUCUCAAAGUAGUAAAUUAGUUACAGAAACAUAAAGACAUGAACAUGCUAUUAAUUAUAUGAAUUCAGGAGGGUAUAAUCAAUCUUAUAUUUAGAUCUAUGAGUGAUAAAUCUGCUAAAAGUAUCAAUAAUAUUGAAUAAACACAACAGGAAUUUGUUAAUACAUAAUUUAAAUGGAAUUUUGGUGGAUAAAAGGUAUUUGUGGCAGGCACAUUUUCCUAAUGGAAAACUACUCAUUAAUUAUAAAGAGAUAAAGGUGGUGAAUUUAGUAUAGUGAUACCCUUACCUAAAGGAAUUCAUCAUUAUAAAUUUAUUGUGGAUGGUGAUUGGAGAUUCUCUCCUGACGAUCCUACAACUGCAGAUGAACAUGGAAAUAUUAAUAAUGUAAUAGAUACAACUAAAGUUGAAAAUAAAGCCAAAGAAUUUAUGGAAUCAAGUUAAUAAUUUAAACCAGAGAAAUCACCUACUGAUUCUGUUAUCUAGAAUCAAAAAUAAGUAAUUUAAGAUUUUAAUUUUAAUGAUAAAGCUCCUCCUGUUCCACCUCAUUUACUUAAAUAUUAUUAUAUAGAAGUAAAAUUUAAAUAUAUAUAUUCCAUAGGAAAAAGAGAAAAAACUUAAUAAUAUGUGGAAUAAAGACAUAAGACCAUAAGGUUAAAUGGAACUUGAAGAUGCAAAACCAUAAAUAUCCUAACAAGAAAUAUUUGAUCAUUUGAUUUAGAUAUUUAGCAAUGUUAAUUCAUUGUCUCCUCCACCUCAUGUAAACCUUAAUCAUUUGGCAUGUCUAACCACAAACAAAAACAGCCCUUUUAGUGUUUAUGCAUUAACACAUAGAUUUAAAGCCAAACAUACAACAAUUAAAUUUUAUACUCAUAAAUAUUAAGAAAACAAACAAUAAUUAUUUGUUGUGUGA